CAGAUGAAGAAUUUUCCGGAAGGUCUAUCGGCGCGUUGUAAAACACUUGCGUCAGAAACUUGCUCAUUUUGUUUUGGGAAGGUGAACGACGGUAUUACUCUUGACGGAUACAGAUURUUGUGACCAUGUUGGUGGCGAGGCUAACGUGUCUGAGGAGUCUCCCGCUCGUCGGGCUCCGUCCUGGGCUAUCACAAGGCUCCUCAGCCCUGAGAACGCCCACCCUGAAGGCCAGCACACCACUGCUAACACCCCAGCAGGGUUACGCCUCCAAGGUCAGAUUUGGAUUUCGCCGCGUGAAGACCGCCAGGGAGCAGCUUAAAGAAGUAGCUUUUGAACCAACACAUACAGCCAUUAAAAUUGACAGCAUGGGAAGAAUAAUUCUGGCUGGAUGUUCAGUCAUGGGCCUUGGAGCUUUGUGCUACUAUGGACUUGGCAUGUCCAAUGAAAUUGGUGCCAUUGAGAAGGCAAUGAUCUGGCCUCAGUAUGUGAAGGACAGGAUCCACUCGACCUACAUGUACUUUGCAGGCAGCAUCGGACUCACAGCUCUGUCGGCUGUAGCUGUGAGCAGAACCCCGGCGCUCAUGGGUCUGAUGACGAGAGGAUCCUGGCUGGCGUUAGGAGCAACGUUUGCAGCGAUGAUCGGUGCAGGGAUGCUAGUUAGGUCCAUUUCAUACGAGCACAGCCCGAUGCCAAAACAUCUUGCUUGGAUGCUUCAUGCAGGUGUGAUGGGUGCAGUCAUCGCUCCAUUAACUCUCCUGGGAGGACCUCUGAUGAUAAGGGCUGCCUGGUACACAGCAGGCAUUGUGGGGGGUCUUUCUACUGUGGCCAUGUGUGCCCCAAGUGAGAAGUUCCUCAACAUGGGAGGUCCAUUGGCUGUCGGUCUUGGGGUGGUGUUUGCUUCUUCUAUUGGGUCGAUGUUCCUGCCUCCAACCUCAGCACUCGGAGCAGGCAUGUACUCUAUAUGUAUCUACGGAGGCCUGGUCCUGUUCAGCAUGUUCCUCCUCUACGAUACACAGAAGGUUAUAAAGAGGGCGGAGUCCCACCCGCUGUAUGGCGUACAGAAAUUUGACCCCAUAAAUGCGUGUAUGGGGAUCUACAUGGACACACUGAACAUUUUCAUAAGGCUGGUGAUGAUUCUGGCUGGUGGCGGCAACAAAAGGAAGUGAAAAUCAGGAUGACUUCUGCUCCAAUUUUUCUGUUCCACAAAAUAAAGUUAUGUUUAUCCCAGUCAGCAUCRCUGCUUUUAUCUUUUAGACACAAGUCUGAUGUGGCUGGUAGAUGUUUGUCAAAGAUGAAGAUUACACUUUGAUCUGCUUGUUGCAAGUUCAAGACAAACUGGUGUACUUUGAGGAUGCUUUGAGAUGGAGUCAUUAUUUGAUCUUGAAGGUUUAUUGUUUAUUUGCUAAGGUUGCACGUCUUGUAAAUCUGUCAAUCAUGUAACCGGGACUUUGUUAAAUUUAGUUUUUCUAUUUAUUUCAUUCAGCAUUAAAGUCCCGUCGUUUAGAGGCAGAAAUGUCAACCACAGGAUUUUCCACUUWAGCAAAAGAGAAUCUUACUAAACUGCAUGUACUUGUUUAAAAAAAAUCUGACAUUUUACUUCUGUAACGGUAAAGAUGUUGACAUGUUUUGUUUGAAUUUCCUGCAAUUUGGGAAUAUUUCACCACCACUUAAUAAACUAGUUAAAAAUGA